AUGCCACCAAAUGAGCACAACGACGCUUCUGUGGUAUCUGACGUGGAAGGUCUUCAAAACCUCCCGUACUCGGACGUCGAAGAUGCGAGCAUAGAUAAUACCCGAAAACGUCAAAAACGUCCCGGUUUUGCCUGCGUUCGAUGCAGAAGACGCCACGUCAAAUGUCCCGGUGGCCAGCCAUGUUCCAAGUGUGUCUCUGCCAAAGUAGAAUGUGAAUACCUUGAGCCAAACAAAAAACUGGUGGUCUCGAUGAAAUACUUGCAAAAACUACAAACAGAUUUGGCCGACCUCAAGCGUGAAAAUGUCAAUUUGCAAGCAAAGGUGAACCAAAAAGUCUCCUCCAAGAACGAAACUGUGGCCUCAAACAAUGGGAAUGCAGCUCCAGACGUGAAAUUUCAAGAAAAUUCCGUGGAUGAUAACUUGGAUGACGAAGAAAUUGUGCCCAAUUUUGCAGAAAGACGUGGCAGACUCGUGGCCUCUAGAACUGGCCAACAGUAUUUUGUGGGUUCUUCGUCUAUGACUCUUUUUGGGCUCGAAAUUCAGUCGUUGAUCCCAAAAAGUCUGACCAAAAGGUUCGGGGAUCAAGAUUUCAGUUCUCUUCAAGAUAACACUUCGAUAGAUGCCAGUUUGCCCACUGAACAGAUCGAUGAAGUUUUGCAAGAAGAAGGCAAUGCAUACAAAAUUGUUCUAUCAAAGAAUGACGGUGACGAAGACGUUAGCGUACACUUCACGCUUCCAUCGUAUUCAUAUUCAGUGUUGCUCAUUGAUACCUUUAUUACCUACAAUGACGGCUGUUUUUAUUUUUUUAACGAGGGAAUAGUAAAAGAAGAGGUCAAAAGCAUCUACGAGGAAUCUUCUAGCUCAAACGAUAACACAUUACAGACCAUUUGGUUUUGUAAGAUUCUUUUGAUUUUCGCCACGGGAGAAAUGUACUUGGGCAUUUCCAACAACACAAACGGCACCAAGACCAGUUCCAAAGACAGCACCAGAUUACCGGGAUCUGGGUUCUUUGAGCAGGCUUCGAAGAUAUUCAGCUGUCUCUUCACCAGUGGCCGUAUCGAGAACGUCACCAAACAAGGUGGAUUGGAGGUAAUGCUACUUUACGCCUUCUAUCUGCAGGUUGCUGAUUGUACGGUGUCUUCCUACUUUUAUUUCGGGCAAGCCUUGCGCGCUUGCCUCAUUAUGGGAUGGCAUGUUGAUGCUCAAAGGGACACUUUAAGUCGUUUCGAACUUGAACAUCGUCGUCGUCUGUGGUGGACUGUUUACAUGUAUGAAAGAAUGCUUAGUAGUAAGGCAGGCCUCCCACUAAGUUUUGAUGAUGAAAGUAUCACCACUGAGCUACCAGGGGAUUUCAACAUGACGAAUCCACCACGAAAUUGCGAACACUACAUUUUUCCAGAGGCAGAAUACAUCACGAAUUGCGUCAAGAUUACGCAGAUCAACUCUAAAAUCUUGAACAAGCUUUAUCAAAGACUACCAACUUCAAACAUACUUCCCACCUUAAAAGAGAUCGUCAUUCAACUUUUGGAUUGGCGAAAAGAACUUUCUCAUUUUCUCCAAGUAGAUUUCGCCCAGAAAGACUUCAAAAUCCCUAGGCUGCAUACAAACAUAUUCACUGAAUACUUCCAAGGGAUGAAUCUAGCAAUACGGCCUUUGCUUUUCCAUUUUGUUUCCUUGACACUGAAAAAUUGGCAUAUCAGUGCUAAUUAUAUCAAUCUACCCAGCUACUCGAAGACCAUUUCAUCAUUGUUGAACUGCUCCCUUCAAGCGUCAAUCAGCACUAUAAAAUGCUUGUGGUACUUAAUGAAUCAAAACAUGGUCGCUUUAUUUGGCUAUAUGGAUCGCGAAUAUCUGUUCACCUCGGCGUGCACACUUUUGCUUUUCAAUGCGGCGUUUGGUAUAUUCGAGCAAACUGCUGAACACCUUGACCAUGCCCUUUUAAUAUUUACCAAAAUGCGCAACUUGGGCAAUAAUCCAGCUGGCCUGCGACGAGCUCAAAUACUAAAGCUUAUGUGCAAUCUGGAUUUUCGAGGUACAAUGAAGGAACUGAUAAAAAAACAUUACGACGACCUGAAGCCUGAUGCGCAUUACGAAAACCAAACUUACAAGGAGGCAAACAUCAUAUCCAUUCCUGUGACCGAGACGUCCAGGGCUCGCUAUCCUCUCUCUUCGAAACAGCCAACAAGUAAGCCUAAUCAAGUUUCGAGAGAUGCUGGCACAGACAUCGUUGAGAACAAUUCUAGUUCUUUCGAACCGAUGUCAUUAGAGACUACCAGCGAUAUUCAAAAAUUUCUGGAUGGCCUGGAAAAUAUUGAAGCAUUCGAAAGUGAGUUAUGGACAGAGAUUUCCAAUCGGGCCAUGUGGCUGGGAAGUGGAGCUAACUCCACUGCGCCAAUUGAUGAAGACAACAUUUUCAACAACUUAUAUGGUUCUAACCGUGGCUCUUAA